AUGUCCAAAAAUACAAUCGUCCGGUGCGAUGAAGUUGUUGGAGGUCGUUUAUUAAAAUUUCUUGAUGCAUUAGACACGAUUAGUUUUAUUGAAGCAGUAGAUGGUAGUGAACUAUUCGGAUCAAUUGCAGAAUUACCCGAUCAUCAUUUUAUUAGAUUAAUCAGAACGUUUACUAAUUAUGAGAGAAUCAUGUUACCACAUACUCUAUGGGACUAUUGCAGAAACAAUAGUGAAAUUGACGAAGAACGUCUUUGUAUAGUUCCAACACGUUAUUCUUUUUUUACUCAGCCGUCGGAACGUCUAUACAUACACGCAUGUUUUGGUUUAGAAGGAUUUUCGAAAUUGUGUGAAGCAUAUAGAACUUCUCUUUUUCAAUGCUAUUGUCGUCUUUUACCGCUGAACACCGCCUACUACAAUGCAGAUUUUGGGCUUCUUGACUACGAGUGGUUUAGUCAGACGAUAGGUUUGAAACGAGCAUUAAACGGUCACGAGAAAAACUUAUUUAGAGGAGAUAAAAUUGUUUCUACACUGCCAUUUCUACAAGCGCUAGCAACACAAUCAUUUAUCGUCUAUACGCUCUACGCUGAAAGUCCGAAACAUCUCUGCACGCGUAUAGGCAAAUAUUGUAAUCGAGGUUUUGAUCUUUUACUACCCAUUGCUUUCGAUGGCGAUCUUGAAUCAAUGAUGAAAGAGGAAGAGAUUCCUUUAUACCGUUUCGAAUAUAAAAAGUACACUAACGAUGAAGGAGAGAUAUACGCUGCUACGAGAGAAUGUUAUCGAAGUUUCGCACGGAACAUCGAUGCAUUUCGACUUCAAGAAAAAUUCAUGUUCAAUAUCAGUCCAAAGUUAUUGGAAUACAAAUAG